UUUUUUUUUUUAAUUACAACAAACACGCGGUUCACAUCCUCGUAAACUUUAUGGUGGUGCAGUAACAGUGUGCGCUUCUUUGUCCUGGCGUCCACGCGGGGUUUUCUCUUCAAUCAUAUUUUUUUAGUUUUUUUUUUGUUUUUACGGAGAAGGUACGUGAAUCGGUUUGAAAUGUCCGACUUCCACAACCGGAGCCAAAGCAGCGCACGUCGCAGUGACUACGUGUGGCAAUAUGAAUAUUAUGACGAAGAGGAGCCCGUGUCUUUCGAGGGACUCAAGGCGCACAGAUACUCCAUUGUCAUCGGCUUCUGGGUCGGACUUGCUGUGUUUGUCAUUUUCAUGUUCUUUGUCCUCACGUUGCUCACGAAGACCGGAGCGCCACAUCAGGAAAACCAAGAUUCGAGUGAAAAGCACCACCGACCGGGCAGCUGCCUGGUGGACAUCGGCGCUCCGCAGGACGAAAGCGACAAAGCGUUCUCUCGCCCUUUGUUGACCGGCCCGCGCUCGUAUUUUCACUUCUACAUCAACGAAGAGGAUCAGGGCAACGGGAAGCCAACGGCGAAAUCGGGCGGGGUCCAGGCCCGGCGGGGGACCGGCGGGACCGGCUCCUCCGGGAUGGACGAGGUGGAAGACGACGCUGAGGAGGCCGGGGACGACCAACCCCUCAGGGGACACACAGAGGAGAGUAAGACAGACAGAGAAUGUGCCUUCUUUUCCCACUUCAACAUCCCCAACUUUGUGAACCUGGAGCACAGUUCAACAUUCGGGGAGGAAGAUCUGCUGUACGAGCCCUGCGUCAUACUGGAGCGGAGGCCUCACUCUCUGGAUGCUCACUGCGACGGCCGCUAGGUCUGUUUCCACGUCAUUGCAGGCGUGACGAAAUGACCUGAUUGUAAUAUGUGCUUUCUUUUCAAGUGGCCAUUUGUGAUGUGAGACAUGGAAACACACACGCACGCACACACACACAUACACAUACACACGCCUGCCACGCUGCAAAGCUUUUCCUAGAAAGCGUGUAAGCUGUGAGAAUGUCUCGUCUUUUAAGGAGGUAAACAAUCAGAUCGACACGAAGGAGUGAAAGAAACAUGCACCAAAAUUCAAUUUUUGAAGUGCACCGCACAGAUAUGAGACAGAUCAACACCAUGGCGCUUUGCCCUUUGAGUUGGCGCCGCUCCAUUGGAUGCGGCUGCACUCUACCUGGACGCCAUGGCGGUUUUGUAGGCAAGUAGAAGUAGAUGAUUUAAAGGUUGUGUUUACUGUGAUUAGUAGUUUUAAAAAGAUAUAUACUGAAUAUUAUAGUGGUAACCGAAGACCUCGCGUGAGAAUGUACUUCUGAGUACAGAUGUCUUAAGUUGGAAAUGAUAUGACUGUCCAAAUAAAGCCUGAAUGGUUCGUCGUUCAGCUCAA